AUGUCUCCCACUAAUCGUGCCAACCCGCAGGCGCAAAAGCAGGCACUCAUUGACGCGCUCAACGAACACCGCAUCAAUACCAUUGGUGAACUGCGCCGAGUCGAGCGCAUCUUCGCCCAGCUUGGCUCAUCGGACCUUACUCAGCCAAUGACGGCAGCUUGGGUGUACUAUGUCAACUCGAACAGCCUGUUGAGCGAGCUGCGCGGCUUGACCCGCAACUAUCCUUUCAGCUCCGAAUGCCUGAACGAAGCGAAGAGACGUGUGCAUACCGACCCAGCCUCGAACCGCAGCUGGAAUUAUUGCUGGCUCGUGCUCGCCAAAAUUCACACUGAUCGUCUCAUACCUGCCUACGCACGUGCGCAAGCUGCCAGGCCAGAGAUGUGGGGAGGACGCAUUCCACUCGCCGAGUCGGUGGUGCAGCUGACAGAGGCUUUCACUACGGAAUGGACCGCUGCGCUCACGCAGAUGCUUCGGUACUGGGAGAGUCCGCCAGUUCGGUGA